CAACCUGUCCAAGCAGCGGGCAUCUCUAAUGUGUGUGUGAGCGUGUGCGUGUGUGUGUAUAUUCUUUCCCCCCUCUCUUCGUGCGCUGUGGUUUUAUUUGUGCCGCCGGCCGACCAGCAUGCAGGUGUCUCUGGCCCUCCUCGUCUCCAGCUCGGCGCUGCUGCUGCUGCUCCAGGGAUGCUGCACCGUCGUCAAGGGAUGGAAGGUACUAAAGAAUGAUGCUACGGAGAUUUUACCGGAGUACAGAGAAAACACUCGGACACCCCAGGAGGCAAUACCACAGGCGAACAACGGCAGCAAUAACAGCAACAGCAACAGUAUGAAUAACAGGGCGAAAAACGGUGGAAGAGGCGCGAACUCAGUCUCCUUCAGUGCCUCAGAGCUGAGCUGUAGGGAGCUGCGUUCCACCCGUUACAUCACCGACGGAUCUUGCCGCAGCGCCAAACCCGUCAGGGAGCUGGUGUGCUCGGGCCAGUGCAUGCCAGCGCACCUCAUGCCGAACUCCAUCGUCCGGGGAAAGUGGUGGAGGAGCAGCGCCUCGGACUACCGCUGCAUCCCGGCGCACUCGCGGACGCGCAGGGUCCAGCUGCAGUGUCCUAACGGCAACACACGGACUUACAAAAUCCGCGUGGUCACCUCCUGCAAGUGCAAGCGCUUCAGGCCCCACCACAACCAGUCGGUGGCCAAGGAGGUCCCGAAGACGCAACGCAACAAGAAGCACAGUCGUUCGCCUCAAGAGCGGAAAAAGAACAACACACCAGUGACAGGCAACUCGUACUGAUGUGGCUCUCCAGCAUCUGAGGACAAAGACUGAAGCACAUUCACUCACUCACACACACACACACACACUCACUCACACACACACACACACACACACACACACACACCGACCAACAUAUUUCCUUCAGAUAGGGAGAAGAUGCAAGAGAAAUUUCAAAGAGAGCGAAUUCAUAAGCUAAUUGCUGGGCUGAUGUUAAGUCAUUCGUCUUUUAUUUUUCAGCCACUUGUCAGCACAUUUGUGAACUUUUGCUUAUUUGCAUGAGUCAGUGCCAGGACUUGCCACGACUGCGACUGGUCAGGAGAUGUUGCACCACGUCGGAUAAUAUGUAUCUGAUCACCCCAACAGCUCAAAAGCCUCCCUGAGCUCGGUCUCCGUCUUGCACUCAGCCACAUUUCAUUUAAGCAUAAUGAGAAGUACUCCCCGAGGCCUCAGGCCCAUCUGUACAAACAUCCAGCGGAUGCAGAGCUACACCGCACCACGGCUCUGUUUAAAGCUGAAAAGGUGUAUCUCCGCUCCAAAGUGGUUGUAAUCCAUCUCCUUUUUGGCUGUGUGUGGAGGAGAUGGUGGCAGCUCUGGGGGCUCUGAUGGUGGGAUGUUGACAGUUUUGCAGAGGGCCUGGCGUGCACGGCGGUCCACGCGGCUCUCUGACAGCCCGCUAAAGGCCUCACUCAUCAGGACAGACCUACAGCACCCCUCCCCCCCACCACCACCUCUGCAGCAGCAGCCCCAACCAGGCCUGUCAGUUACAGUAGCGCCUUUUCCCACGACUAGAUACAGAGAGUGAGGAGAGACUGGGAGAGAAAGCAGUUUCCUCAGCACUAACACCACAGGGGGCACUGGGCAUUCCUGUGACUCCUCUUAAUUACUAAAUGAGCCCAUUCCUGUGUUAGCAUUUGAGUCAUAAAAAGCCAUUUCCUCUAGCCAGUUCCUGUUUGCUGGAAUCACAUACAAAAAGUGCACAUGUGUGUAGGAGGCAUCAGAAAAUUGUGCGUGGUUGUGUUGUUACCUAGGGGCAGAGCGCUCUCCAACACGCCCACACCGGAAUUCUUUUGCAACGGGCCAAAUAGAGCAGCGAUCAGCCAUCGACAGCCCAAAUCCCUCUGUUGUGUCAGCCUGUAAGAUUCAAGAACACCUCCGUUCCUCUCUGCACCACCCUGUAAAUAGCUCAGACAGGAAAGAUAGGAAUAAAAAUAACCUAAUGAUAACAAUAAUUCAGUUUUUAUCAUUGUGUUGACUGCUGCAAUCCGGCGGGAAGAGGAAGCGGCGAUACCCAGUCUGUCAGCACAGACGACACAACCUCCUUCCUCGAGCGACGCCUCAGACGGGACCGAACUUCACGAAGAAUACUCACAAUGUUUCCGCAUAUUGUCAGCACUCCGUUGUUUUUUUUUUUUUCCCGGCUCAUGUUGCUUCCUGAUUUUUCUUUUUUUUUUUUGUUUUGGGGUUGUCUAAACUGUACUGACAAUGUUUGCUUCUUUUUCCGACUUCUAUGUUUUGAAAUAGCAACUGGAAGGGGGGUUUAUUAUCGUGUAAGAGCUGAGAGCUGCGACGCGAACCUGUGUGGUCUUCUGCAGUGGUGCCCUCACAUGACGGGCUGUUAAAGAGA